AUGGCAGUGUCUGUGGACCGGUACCUCACCAAAAUCCGGGCUGACCCCCCUACCGUCAUCGUCAGUGACCAGAUAGAAGGCGAAGGUGAAACUAUUCGCUUGCAGUGGAUCAAUGUGCUUAGAGAAGCCGACUACACCGCCAAGAUGGCGGUGUUUUUCCGACUAAACAAACUGAUCAUCGACAACGCACUCCACACAGCCGGAGAGAACAACGCCAACGAGCUCCGAGGCUUCUUGUUCCUCAUGGCCCUGUCCGUUGCACACGAGCUGAUCCACACCUUUGUCGGGUUCCUCACUGGAGAUGGCGGGCGAGACACGCCCGACAGCAUUCGCUAA